UUUUAAAAUCAUUUUUAAAAACAUGGCUGGUUCAAUCACCGACAACGCUACCUUAUACAACAAGAAGACAUUCACGUAUGUACCACCAUCACCUCCGGCUGAACUUAUCGAGUCUACAUCCUACAUGUUGGACUUUACAGCUAGAAAAUUUAUAAUUGUCGGUAUCGAUCCAACAGAAUAACUUCAAACAGUUGUUCUUUUAUUAACAUCGUCACGUUAUGUGAAAAUUAGUACAGAUUUUCUAAGACGGAUAUUCUCACUUAUGGGUAACGUACCUACUAUCUUUUAUAUUAGACACGCCGCAAAACUACAAGCGAACCAUAUUUCUCGAGACCGAUUCUUAUAAAAUAUCGAGUAUGGUGUAUAGCGGUUCAAACGUUCUAGUAAUUGAAUCUAAGACUGAAGACGGGUGUAGAGUUUUAUUAAAUCGUAUUGAUUUAAUAAAACUCCAGGAAUUGGAAUGUUGUAUUACUGGUAGUAUUAAUGAAAAAGAAGCGAACAUAAAACCUGUAGUUAUUAGGCAAAUUAGUGAUUAUUACGAGUAUUUGAGGGAAAAAUGCUUGCAAUCGGACUCACCACCCAACAAUUUGAGGGAAAUGGAAAUUUUCAUUCGGAACGUUGAAGUCAGACGGGGUAUGGACACACCUAACCUCAGUCAAAUUAAAAUGUUUGCGACUACACAAUUGGCCGAACUUUGUAUGGCUCAUCGGAAAGUAAAAAACUCAGAAGUGGUAUAUGAUAAGAAUUUCAAAUCGCUGUCAGCUAUGUCACCAAGCUGUUCCGAGGUAAACGCUAUCUUCUCCAAGCAUGACGAUUCAAGUGAUGGAUUUAAUCAACCGGGCGAUGAUGAUAAUUUAGUUAAGUUACAGUACGGGUAUUCACCGAUAUCACCAAACUAUUCUCUAGGUAACAGUAUAUCAAGUAAACAGGAAGUUGCCGCUACAUAUAUUCUAGCUAAGGUAAUUUAUAUACCUAAUAUUUUUCUUCAAAUAAAAACAAUAUUGAUUUAUAUAGUAGAGCCAUAUAUUAUUCAUAAUAUAAACAACGUACUAGUCUAAC